GGGGAAAUUCAGGGAGCGCACAACCCAACAGAGCAGGGCAGAAGACUGGACUGUACUUCCAAACAUCCACAGGACGAGCUUAAAUGCUUCAGUCUAAUCUCUGUUCGACUGUUGCUCCUGUUCCUUCACUGCGGUACUGACAGGACAAAAGUACUGAGAUACACUGUUCAAACAUCCCCUUAUAGAACAUUUCUCUGAUGUAAAAUCUAAUUCAAAGUCGGCGAAUCAUCUGAUAUAAUUUAAUUAGCUUUUUACAAUAAAUGAAAGCCAGUAAUUCUGUUCAAAUAUGGUGCUGAUUGCCCUGAACCAUACUCUAACUCAGUUUAAAUAAUUAAGCUCACAAACAUCUCAUUUUGUGUAGUCCCACAGUAGACAGUGUAAAUGGUAUUUGUAAAUAUGAACCAGAACAAAUAGUUAAUAAUAUGGUUAAACAUGAUAUUAUCUACAGUAGACUUGUACAGAUAAUGAACCUCUAAAUGGGUUUUAGGAUUGAUUUGACAGUGUUUCUCAGUAUUCACUUGUGGGGAGAUGACCAUACGUUUGACAUUUGACCAUAAGCGCCUCAUUUCUGUGUUGAUUGUACAGAACACUGCAGAAACAAUAAAGGUCUUUUUCACAGCCAGAACUGCCCUUCGUUUUUCUGUGACUAAACUCAAAAGGUUUUAGGUUUACAUCGGGUUGCAAAUAUUCCAUCCCUGUUGAGGCUGAACAAAAAGAAAAAAUGUCUUCCACAAGUUUCUAUUAUUACCACGUUUACAAUUUGGAUUUGGUCUAAUAUUUGUGUUAAUGCAUUAGAGCCUCAUCAGAGCAGCCUUGACAUUUAGUAUUGGAAAAAAAAAGGUGAACAUAAUUCCGGUAGAAAAGAUCAUGUUGUCUGGACAAAGCUUUGAAUCCACUAGUAGUAAUGUGUUUUUUAUCUUUGGUUUCUCCAGAUUAUUGAUGUUGAGCAAGCUAAAGACAAAAUUAUCAUUCUUUUAUCUUCUCUGUCAAAGCGGUUGUGAAAUAAUGCCCCAUCCUGAUGUUCAAAUUGCAGGAGAGUCCUAUUCCCACAUGGGGGCGCAAUGCUUUAAAAACUUGCCUAAUACCAGAUGCAGCAAAUAUUCAGUCCAUGAAAGUCCUGAAACCCACAUUACCUUCCUGAAGGGUGCAGUAAGAGAAAACGGCAAUGAACAGCAGCUUUAUAUCUAGACAUUACAAUUUGAGUUGUCCAGAAUAUUGAUCACAAAUUUGUUACUAACAGUAAAUCAUAGUUUUAUAGCUGUAUGAUAUCCCAGUUUUUUCUAAAAAAAAAAAAAAAAUAGAUUCACAACUGUGUUUUUACUUACUUUACUAGUUUUGCUGCAGGAUAUUUUCAUUUCAGCUACAUUUGAGAUGACCAAACCUCCAUUAAAAUGUGCUAUGUCAAAGCUAGACAUGGAUUUCCAAGACAAAAUGCAUUUUAAGAUUCUUUGGCUGCUAUAUGCAGCUAUAUGUGAAAAGUUAUAGAAGCUGAGACUGUGGCCUUUUGCCAGGUCACAGUUGAAAAUCAUUCGUUUCCCCUAAUCUGUCUCGCCUGAAUAAAUAAAGGUUAAAUAAAUUAAAACUUUGCGUUCUCUCAGUUUGUGGUAAGACAGGAUUUUUUUCUCAAGUUAGUGCUUUAGGUUUGUUUGUUUAUGGCGCCUUUCUGGGUACCCAUUUCGCCUGUAAAAAAAAAAAAAACCUGAUACAAUUGCAAGAUUAAGACGGUGGUUAAAUUAUCAAAAAAAUGCAAAAAAUAAUAAAUAAAUAAAAGACUAAAAUUAUAACUUUGUUACUUAGUUAACUUAGAUUCGGGUAAUUGAAAAUCGGUUCCAGAUUUGGCUAAAUCAGAUCAUCUUGAGCCUUAAUUACCUGUGGGCAGUACUAAAUAAAGAAACACAAACAUUUCCUGAAAGAUCUGCAUAAUUGACGUCAACCCCUGUCCCUCAGACCCCCCUUUAAAAAAAUAAAGAAUGUGCUGUUCUCGUCCGUAAGGGGCGUGGUUUAGAGACAGGUGAGGUCCUUGCUGACAGCCUCCUCUGUCCGCGCGAGCGCAGCACAGGUACAAAGCCCGUUCCUGUCCGAAGCUCUGAGCCGAUCUUUUUGGUAAAGUAUUUAUGGUUUGUUAAAACUUUAUCUGGAAUAUAUUGGCUGGUCUACGGUUAUGAAGCAGCUGGAAGAAUUCACAAGUCUCUGCAGAAAAACCCUUGUUACCGUUUUAUUUCUCUCUACAUUUCAAGGUGCCAACUGCGAGCUUUUGGUUUCCCCUCUGGGUCCUACCAUAGUCAGUACAUUAGCUGGCAGCAAUGUGACUCUGGCAGUGUCCGUCAAUGGUGCCUCUGAUCCAGCCAUUACCUGGUUCAGAGACAUAAUACCUGUGGUGACAUGGACUAUAAACUCCAAUUCUCCUCCUGAUAUUCCUCAAAGCAGUAAGGAUGUCCUUCACUUAGAGAAAGACGGAUCUCUUACUUUUAUACAAGUGCCACUGAGCUACAGCAGCCACUACACGGUGGAAAUGACAAAGUCUGGUCUGGGUAAAGCCUCACUGCAGUUCACCUUACAGGUAUUUGAAAUCAUCCAGGAUGUGACUCUGAGCACGCCGUCUGGUUUAGCCGUAGAAGGAACAGACCGAUUCAUCUUACAAUACAGCAUGCUGCAGGGAGUGAUCGAGCAGCAGACAUGGUUCUUUAAGAGCACAGAGAUAAAGAACAGCUCCCACUAUCUGGUGCAGCAAACAAGCCUUGUGAUCCUCAGACCCAACCGAAACGACACUGGAUUAUACUCACUGCAGCUCACAAACCCGUUCAGCAGCGUGAAGGUUUAUAGGAACUUGACUGUGUUCUAUGGACCAGAUGAGCCGAUUUUAAAGGCAACGCCAGAAAAGAUUUUUUAUGUAGUUGGAGACUCUGUGAGCCUCUUGUGUCAGUCUGAUGGAAACCCCCAGCCCACUGUUGAGUGGGUCUUUAACGGUCAGAAGCUCUCUGGGGCCCUAAACAGAGUCUUAGAUCUGACAAACCUGCAGACCAGUCAGGGAGGAGUUUAUACAUGCUCUCUGCUCAACCAGAUGACCAAUGAGAAGCGGGAAAAGAAUGUCACUUUAGAUGUUUAUGAAAGGCCUCCAGGCAGCCCCGUAUGCUCUGUGCUGUCUGUGAAUAAUGACAGCCUGCUGUAUGAGUGUGACUGGAUGGGUGGAACACCUCAGGCCACACUGUCCUUCCCCGCUCUGAACAAUGCAAGCAGAGGAGAAGGACAUUUCAGGCUGAUUUUACCUGCUUCUACUAACCUUAAUGGGAAAACUGUCAGCUGUCAAGCAGACCACCCAGUCCAGCAAAAUACCUGCAACAUCACAGCAUGUAAUCCCAAAACAUUUCUGCCAGAAAUAAGAGCCACUGUUGACCUGGACAGCAAAAUGGUGGUCAGUGUUCUGUGUGUGACUGAGGCGUCCCCUCAGGCUGUGGUGUCAUGGUCCAACGACAGCGGGGCCAUCGCCAACGGGACCACAUACCAGAUCAGCAGCGACACCUCGGAGCUGAAAAUUCGGGACAACAACAUUAGUAACUUGAUCCUCCAAAUCUUCACCUGUACGUGCAGCAACCCGCUGGGCAGCCAGGCGAGAUCAAUUCAACUGCAAGAGCCGUCGAUCUCAGAUUCCAGUUUGUUCCUUAAUCAAGAUGGAACCAUCAUCACUUUGACCUGGGAUGUCCCUCCUACUUCUGUGGUCACAGGGUUUGACAUCCAAAUGAAAGGAUCGAAUCUCAUAAACAAAAAUGGAAAUACCUCUCAAACUAAAAGCACCUCAGAUGGAUACAGCACCAUCCAGCAGAAACCUGGCUCUGCCAGGAGCACUGACGUCUUCACCCUGGAUCCCAAGCAGAUAUACCGCUUUCGGAUCGUGCCUAAAGCUCGUUUGUUUGACGGAAAACCAUCUGUGGUUCACAGGAUUGGUCCACCUGAUGGACUCAGUGGACCUGCCAUAGCUGGCAUUGCAGCAGGAAUCCCAUGCAGCAUUCUUGCCCUCCUCAUGGUGGGGGGCCUCAUUUUCCUCAUCAUCUACCUGAAAAGGACCAAAAGGCAUCAGACAAAAUACCCAGUGCCCCGAACAGCUGAGAAGACAAUAACUCCAGCAAAAACAAUCCAGCAUAAAGCAACUCCUCAUAAACCGCUGGCAGGAGGGUUGAAGUUUUUCCCAGAUUCCAACAGAAUACACAAGAGUCUGUCUGACAGAUCUGUGGCUCUGCCUGCAUUUGUCCCACCUCCGCCACAUGUCAGAGUUGCAACUACUGUUUAAAAUGUCAAUUUCUUAUGUAUUUUUACUAUAUUGUUAUGUUUUAUUUAUAUUUUUACUCUGAUUUUUUCAAUGUGUUAAAUUUAUGUCACAGUAAGACAGAUCAUAUAGAAUAAUCUAUGUCUUUUUUAAUUGGUAAGAAUAUAUAUAUUUUAAAUGAUGAUUUAUAGAUAUAAUGUUUAAAGUGUAUUCAGCUAAAUUAUUUACAAACUAACCUCUGCAAAUUCCUGCAGUUGGAGAAUUUCUGAAUAUAUGCAACACUGAAGGGGAGUACGAAGUAAAGUACAUGAUCAAAUUUAUUUUGUUCUACAAGUUCAAAUGUUUCAAAUAUGGGAGUGUGAGUAACACUGUGAUUUCCUGGAUUGUUCUUUUUACAUUCUUUCUCUCACUGUUAAAGUUAACUUAUCAUGACAGUAACAGACUUCUCUCAUCAUUUUAAAAUGGGUCAUCUCGCAGGAAACAGUAACCAACAAAUCCUUUUUUGCCUCACUUUGUCAGGAGGUGUUCAAAUGAAAAGUAGACGGUCAAAUACUAAAUACAAGUUGUGUUUUAUAUGUUUUGCUACUGUUUUCCAUCAACAUCGUACUGCCCCAAUUCUUUAAAUUUGUUUGAUAUUUUAAAACACAAAUGAAUGUGCUUCAUCAUGCUAUAUAAAAGUAAUGUGCAUGCUAUACAAUCUUUAAAACUACAUGCUUUCAUGUAAAACUUCCCCAUUAGUACUUACAAAGUAUUACUCACAGAACCCUAAAGUAUUUGGACCCACCCACUGAUUAUGUAUGAUUAUGUAUGAACACAGUGAUGCGUUGAAACAUUUUUCUAAUGACUCUACUUCUCAAAAGACUCGACAAAUAAAGAAUAUAUAAAGA